AGACAGCAAGACGUGAACAGCUCAGAAGCAGGAGUCAUCUUUUGGUUUUUAACACAAAAGCAAAAGAGGAAAUUUUCUUCAGCAAGUUGUGACAAUAAAUCAACUUUUGGAGACCCAGGAACACUAUCCAAUCUCUCACCAGUGUGUUUUGGAACAAUUGCCAGAGGACCCUGAGGUGCCUGUGUCCUCCUUCAUCUAAGCAGCUGAAGCCAUGGUUCACACACUGAGACGGGAAAUACCACCACCCAGGUGUCCCCACCUCUGGCUCUUUCAGUUCUUGGUGCUGGUUGGGCUGUUUUACAUCUCUUCAGGCCUGGAACAGGUGUCCAAAGCAGUGAAAGAAAUGGCAACACUGUCCUGUGGUUAUAACAUCUCUGUUGCUGAGUUGACAAAAUGUCGGAUCUACUGGCAAAAGGACCACAAAAUGGUGAUGAGUAUCAUAUCUGGGACAGUCACAAUAUGGCCUGAAUAUAAGAACCGGACCAUCCCUGACAUCGAUAAUAACCUCUCCCUUGUGAUCCUGGCCCUGAAUCUGUCAGACAAGGGCACAUAUACCUGUGUCGUGCAGAAGAUUGACAACGGGUCCUACAAGCGGGAACAUCUGAUUUCAGUGAUGCUAUCCAUCAGAGCUGACUUCCCUGUCCCCAAUAUCACUGAAUUGAAGGAACCAUCUCCUUUUAAUGUUAAGAGAAUAAAAUGCUCAACCGCUGGCGGUUUUCCAAAGCCUCACAUCUCCUGGUGGGAAAAUGGAGAAGAAUUAAAUACUGUCAACACAACCAUUUCCCAAAAUCCUGAAACUGAGCUGUACACUGUUAGUAGUGAACUGGAAUUCAAUGUGACAAGCAACCACAGCUUAUUGUGUUUGGUCAAGUAUGGAAACUCCAAUGUGUCACAGACAUUCACCUGGAAAAAACCCACGUCAGCACCUCUGGAUAAUCAGGCCCUGUCCUGGGGCUGGCUCUGUUUCUAUAUCGUAAUCCCAGUAGCUUUCGUGAUCACUGUAGUAUUCCUCUGUAAAAAACUGAGAAGAUGGAGUGAAGCAAGGGUGGAAAUGAGAAGGCCACGCAGUAUCUACCAAGGACCUGCAGAAGCACAAGAACAGACUGUCUGAAGGUCCCACCUCCAUUCAUGACUUCUGGAAACUCCUUCUGAUGCCCUUCAAGAAUCUGUUCCGUGGGGGGAGCCUUUUCAUUUCAGUGGCUAUGCUGAAGUGUAGAAGAAUUCAACAGGCACCAUAGUAGCUCUGGUGACCUUAACAAAGGAGUUUAGAAAUAAACAAUUCUUCGUGUCUAAGAGGGCCCGUAGAGAAAACUAGUUUAGGACCCCCGAGUUCCCAACUCUGUUGCUCUGUCCUUCAUCAGUUUGACCCUGGGUCCUGAACUGGUGUAUAUGUCAAAGUGCUUCUGGAAAUAGAAUUUGUCCAAUGUUAGGUCAGCUUCAAAGACUUGAUCCAAUACUCCUGAUGCAAUACUCAAAAAGGAUCGUCACUGCUAAAAAAAAUGUCUAAUAUAACUGUGGGAAGUAUUUUGGUAAGUAUUCCUAUAUGAGAGUAUUGGAAAUAUUAUUGGCAUUUGGCCAGUAUUUGAUUUUUCAUCGUGUUUUCGUUUAUGCUUUCUCACUUCUGCAUCAGAUUCAGGAGAAAACAGACUAUCCAAAAUGAAUUUCCUCUGACAUGUAAGAUGAAUGAAUGCCUUUCAUACCUUGAAGCAACACUCAGGUUGGAGAGGGAUUGUUACAAAUUCACAAUCUUCUAGUUCAUAUUGGACUGGCAACCUUUUUAAAUGGUUUUAGGCUAGCUUGACCUCAUUUUUGAAAUACUUAAAAAAGAAAGUCCUCAUUUAAAAUAAGAUAGUUUUCCUGUGUAUGUACUACAUAGCAAGCCUAUCUUGAGAGGGAUAAUUGAGGUGUAAUAGCCUUCCAUUGGGCUUCCUUAGACCCCUAGAAGUGGCUUUUCCUCUUUGGUAUUUCUGGAUCCUUCUGAUAUGAGUGGAGAAAUGAAAAGCAAGAAGUCCAACUGCUGUUGCUAUGAUACUCACAACUCCUCUUUCUCUGAAACUAUUGCCCACAACUCACUGGGUCAGGAGUAGACCCAACGGAAGCUGGGGCAAUUAGAUAUUCUCAUCUGAAAAUUGGGAGUUGGACAGAAAGAGAUGAGCAAGUUUCUCAAAUGUGGCUGGAUUUAAAAUGUUUAGUGUCGGUAGCUUUAAUGAGACCAGAUUCUUCUGUACAACUAAGAAACAUAGGUUUACUUUUAUAUGGGUGCUCUCAGAUCACUAAAAAAUCACUAAAGGAAAUAAAGGCAGUAGGCUGAUAAGAACUGAGCAAAGAAACAUAUACAACACACACAUAUAAACACACAUUUAGUUAAGAUUCAUAAUCCUUAGACUGACCAGAAGAGAACCUCAAAAAAGAAUUAGCCACAAAAUAGGGCAAACCUAAGAGAUAGCUGAAUAAUUUCAAAUAAAUUAUAUUAAAUUAUUUAAUUUAAUAUAAUUAUUACAUUUGAUAAAUGUGCUAGUUGGUUUUUAAAGAAUUAUACUUUACUUCUAUUAUUCUGAUUAUUUUUGUGAUAUGAAUAAAAUUAUUUUUAAAAGCAGCUCUCUAGUUUUAUAAUUUCUAGAUGAGUUAACCUGUAUGUGAUUGUGAGUAAAACAAUGAACAGAAGACUAAUUGCCAAUCUGUCAGAAAUUUAUAAGUGGAAUAACUACAAAAACCAAAACAGAACAUAUAAAUUAUGGUGCUGAUAUACUUGUGCAGAAUCCCUCUAUCUUUAGAGCUAUGAAUAUUUGUCACCAUCUAUAAUGCCUGGCUCACCAGAGCAUUAGCUAAAGGCUGUUCUUACUCCACACUAAUUAAUACAAGACUUCUGUGAUACCAAAAGGUGGAGAUUUCUCUCAGCCAGUCAGCAAUUAAUUCUGCAGUAGACAACAGAUGUGUCUUGUGCUCCAAUCCAGUUCUGACACUAUCUACCUAGAGCUAGCACCAGAUCCCACAGGGUAAAGGCUCACUCCCCAAGACCGCCCCCUUUAGACACCAGUCGUAAUCAUUGGAUUGUUUUACCUGGGCUUCUGAUCAACUGGUUGUAAAUCAGGGUUCAACUUCCUCCUUGGGUUCCAUUAAUUUGCUUAAGUACCUCAGAACUCAAGAAAACACAUUUACCAGUUUAUUAUAAAAGAUACAAAUGAAGAGAUACAUAAGGCAGAUUGGCAUCACCAAGAAUUUCACGUUUGGCUCUCCAAACCUUGUCCUUCUAGGUUUUAUGGAGUCUUCAUAUACAUGAUUGAUUAAAUCCUUGGGCACUCGUGAUCAACUCAACCUUCAGCUCCUCUCCCCUAAACAGAGGUUGUGGGGUGGGUCUGAAAGUGCUUAUCCACUAAUUCUGAUUUAGUCUUUUGAGUGACUAGCUCCCAUCCCCAAGGGUUGCUAGACAUCAUUUGAUUCAUCAGCAUACAAAAAGACACUACCACUUUGGGUUUUUCAAGGACUUUAGGAGUUCUAUGUCAAGGACUAAGACCAAAUAUGUACUUUGCAAUCACACAAAUAAUAAUUUCAUUUAAUAUCUACUCUUGAGUGUAUACUAUUUUACUUGGCAGGUGAGAACAAUGACACUUAAAGUGAAAUGGAGCUGGAGAUGUAGCUCAGUGGUACUGCACUUGCCUAGUGUGUACAAGGCUCUGGGUUCUCUUCCUAGCACUGCCCUCUACCUAUCCCCCCCAAAAAGGCUUUGCUCUAGGGCACAUGCUACUAAGCAACAAGGUUAAGCUGGAAAGCCAGGCCUCUGGAGCCCAUGGCUUUAGCUAUUAUAUUGUGCAGCUCCACAGGCCUUACUCUGUGGAACAACAGUACUGUUCUAGGAAAAGUAGAACGAUUCAACACCAAAAUGAAAUACUAGCAGUUUACCACUAUAGAAGUCCUCUUUUAUCUGCAGGGGAUACAUUCCAAGAGCCCCCCAGCAUGUGCCUGAAGCUGUUGAUAGGACAGAACCAUAUACAUAUAUACCUAUCAUGGAGAACUUCCACCUUUUCACUUAAAGGGAGCACUUUACAGCUUCUCUUUGGUGAAUUGGAAUUGCCGGCAUGUUUAAGGGGGCAUUACUAAGUACAACGAUGGUUACUUGAGCACAAGCACUGUGAUAUUUCAAUAGCCUUUUGAUAACCAAAAAGGCUACUAAAUGACUAAUGAGUAAGUAUGGUAUACAGUGGAGACACACUGGACAAAAGAGAUGAUUUCCAGACUGUGAGGCACGAUUGAAACAUUUUCAAGCUGU